AUGACUUCAAGGCAGCUACUAUUAACCGGUCUUUUCUUUCAGUACAGGGUGAAUUACAAGGUCACGACGUUGUCUUACUCGACCAUAUUCGCUCAUGCGGCUGGUUUUAAGCUAGUAUGGCAACUUCCAAGCGAGUACGCCGACACCAGAAUCGGCAGGUCCAUCUCCGACGUUCACCAGGCCGCGGAGCUGGUCUACGAGAGCCAUGGAUUUGAUGGGAGAUCGUGUCUCUUGAAGAAUAUCUGUCAAGCGAUGGAAUACGUAAGCCAGAGGGAUGGCGUGAUCGCAAAGAUAUUAAAAUUGCUGAUCGGAUCAUAUACGACGAAUAGCUCGUCGAUGGAGCCUCUUUACUGUGACAUCCACGUCAGAAGUUGCCCCCUCGAGUUGAUCGGAAUUGACGGUUUUAUGGAACAAUAAAUCUACCUGUUUUCGAAAAUCGUAGAUAAAGCUGAACUUAUGAAACUGUAGGAAAGACAUUAAAAGUGACGUUUCUCCAAUCUAAUCCCUCUCUCCUUAAGUCUCGUUUCGAUUAAUCAAAUAAUCCAGAUUUAAACAACCUUAUUCUUGCCAGAAUCUGUUAUUCACUUAACUUGACGUAUCCUCUCAAGUUUUCACAUUCAUCGUUAUUAUCAAUAAAGAUACUUCGGUUCAAACAAAUUUAAAUAGAUGAAUUUGGAAGAAGAUGGAAAGCAGUUGCAAGAUUUUUUAUUCGCCCGUUUGAAACUCGCGUUUUAAAAUCUGCACUGUUGAACUCGUAUAUAUACAUAAACAUACUA